AUGAUUUGCCGUUUUGUCCUUCUGGCAGGCUUAGCUUUGGUGCCGUCUGUCCUAGCUAGCCCAGUAUCUAUUGAAAUCAACAGAUCCUAUAAUGGACUUGAAAGCAUCGACCUGGUCCUUUCUUGGGAUGAUGCCUUUGAUACUGGAGGCAUUACAAGACCAAUUCUUGAUUCAUCCAAAUACAGCUUACAAUCAAGCAGUCAAAAAGUAAAUUUGGUUUUCUACGACCAAGUCGGCUUCGAAGGCAAUGAACAGACGCUCGCGGUCAGCAACAAGAAAUGCACCGCCAUCCGGAAGCCAGCCUUGGGCUCCAUUGCCUCCAUGACCCUAGAUCAUCAUAUCUGGUACUGUGCCUUCUUUGCUCAAGAAUCAUGCAAAGGAGAAAAUCUGGCACAACUUGGAUCUGGAAGUUAUGCCGAUCUAGGCACCGCAGGGAAAGAUUUCAAAUCUGUCAAAUGCGAGCUUUACUCGAUUGAUGCUCAACCUUCACAAAAAGCGCAACUGUCGCCUGAAUUCUUCGUCAAAGGCCUUUCCCCCAGCCAGCUUAAGGCAAUGUCAGCACCAGCGGUACAGGAUCAGAAGACAUUCGUUGCAAUGAGUACAAAAAUUUAG